AUGGUACAACUGGAUGCCACUGAUGAAAUAUUGAAGCAAUUUUACACAUAUUCAUGUUUUAAACUGGAUCUUUUUUCAGGAAACCGUUCACUAGACACAUUGUUGGCUCUUUUGCAAACCGAGGGAGCCAAGAUCGAAGAAGAAACAGAGAACAUGGCCGAUUCAUUCUUGGAUGGAUCCUUGCCUCUGGACAGCUUCAUUGAUGAUUACCAGAGCAAGAGGAAGCUGGCACAUCUGAGGCGUGUGAAGAUCGAUAAGCUCCAGGAGAUGGUGCUGAAGGGUGUUCAUCUUCCUCAGAGUUCCUCUAAUGAGCCCUCACAACCUCAGGAGACCCAUAACUCCACCGCACCUUUCCAAAGGCUAGCUAAUGGUUCUCCAGCUCAUGUAAGACCUGCACCGACAUCUCAACCAUCAGCCAUGCCUUACAACCCUCAGAGCAUCGGUGCUCCUCUGCCAAACACGGUGCCAUCAUAUUCAUGUCCAUACCCACAAGCACUCCCUCAAGGACCCAUAGCUGGUCUUCCCCCGCGGGCAGGUUUUAUAAUGCAAUGAUGUUCUUCUGCCUGAGCCUUUCCACUAGAACGUGAAAUGCCAUUUUCCUCUCUUUUUCUUUAGAUGCACUUUGAUCGCAAACAGGUUUGGAUUUCUGCAGGUCCACACAGAAUCUGUGUCCACAGAAUUCAGAAGUUCAGCAGAUUUCUGCUCACUCUUGUAUGUAUUAAAUAUUGGGAUUAAUUUUUUUCUCACAUAAUCAACACAGAAAGUGCAGAAAGAUCUAAAGAUUUCUUGUGGACCUGCCUGUUGAUUAUCAAAGAAUUGAUUUCAGUUUGUUUGCAUAACAUAAAAUGCU